GACCACCGGCUCGCGCGGCCCAGCCUGGCCUGGAGGGCACCUGGUUCUUCUGCGGCCACCAUGGCCGGGGGCUGCGGAGACGCGGGAGUGCAAGAUAACGUGAAUUUUCCAUGGACCCUUUGAAGUGCCCCCCUUCCUACGAUGACGGACAAGGCGUGGGUUGGAAGUGGAGCCUGUCCACCAACCCGAAGGCCACCAGCAUCAUGUGGUUAUUAACUGCUCUUCGUUCCCCAAUUGAUGCCUCCCAGAAAAAAACGCCCGCCACGGUGUCAGAAAGCCCCGCUGCUAUUCCACCAACAACCACUGGAGGGCGCCAAGCACCACUAUGGAUCUCAGCCUCCUCCGGUGGUCACCCACACCCGUCAGGUGCCCAGCAAGCCCAUUGACCACAGCACCAUCACUUCCUGGAUAUCACCUCAGUUUGAUACAGCAGCAGAAAGCUGCUUCCCAGCACACCAGAAACAACCCUGCAACCCAAGAAGACAAUCAAGUCGGAAAGUCACCACGUCCAAGUUUCCACAUCUAACUUUUGAGAGUCCACCACCUUCUUCCAGCUCAGAAACCCUGGAGAGCCCCUUCAGCAAGGAGCCAGAAAAGGAAGCUUCCAGAAGGCCCUUGGUUCCGUUGCUCAGUCCCCAGAGCUGUGGCGAGCUGUCUGUGAAUUCCCUUGGGAGCUUCCCUCAUAUGUUCCUUCCUCCUGACAUCCAGACCCCAGACUCGUCUUCCACGAGGGGAGAGCCCCUUCCCCCCACCCAGAAGGAGAACAGGCAUCCAGGCCUCCCCCUUCACCUCGCUACCCCCGGCAGCCCGGAGCCGGGGCCUGUGCUGGUCCAGGACACCCCCGAAGAGAAGUACGGGGUGAAGGUCACGUGGAGGAGACGCCGGCACCUGCUUGCUUACCUCACGGAGACGGGGAAGCUGAGCAGAAGCCAGUUCUUUGUGAAGAAUUGACUGGCUUCCCCAGCAGCUGCCCCCUCUUCAACAGCCUUAAGAAUUGCUGCUGUCACUUUUUGGCACGCAGGCGACCGUUUCUGUAGAAUAAAAUGGAAGCCACAUUAGCAGGAAAAAAAAUUGAACUGAAGCCCAGAGGCCUGAGGGAAUUCAAUUCCCAAUUGGCUUUUUAAGACACUUUUGCAGUAAAGAGUGGAGUUCAGUGUCACAAACUGUUCAUAUUUUUCCUCACAUUAGCUGUUUAAAAAGUUUUUUAAAUAUCCUGAGACUGUUUAAA